UUUUUUCAGCGGGUUUGUACUUUCAUUCGUUUGGUUUGUUGAUGUGUUCCUAUGCAAUUCAUGACAUUGAAAUUUCUUUAAGUUACAUUUUCAAGGGGUUGGCAAUUUUUCGUGUGAUACUGAUACCUCGGCUACAAAGUGCUAUCUCUAACAGUUAACAUUUGGUAAUACCUUCUUGAUAACCGUUUUAUCCAAACGGUUCCUGUCAUAUUGAGGACAAAUGCGAAUCAUUCAACAGAUUCAUUGUAUAUGACGUUUGCUAAGAUAGCCUUAUCAGUUUCGCCUGGAUCGCCUCAAAGUAAUUUCGGAAAACAAGACGAAUAAUUCUAGCUACUCUGCUUACAUCCACUUUGAUAUGUCAUCAUUUUAGUCUAUAUUUAAAUAAAUGAUUCAUUUCGCUUGUACCUUUAAGAUAUAUUUUUCUCCCAAAGUCUUGAUUUAGUAAUAACACCCGGUGAGUAAAAUAGUUCAAUAAUUUUCGAUCAUAGAAGACCUAUUGAGGAAGUUGUGGUUUUACGUAUUCUCAAGAUUCCAUAGAGCUCGUAACUCAGACUGCCAGUUGAUGACUUCCGUGAAUAGUUAGUGACUCGGAUCAUUUACUAAAAUGAUUGCAUAAUCAGGCUAAAACUACACUUUGACGGCUUAUGUCACUUAGUAUCUCCCCAGGCCGAAGUAGUUAGGGCGCCGUUCAAAUAUGAGUGAGUAGUUCCAAGUUGCGUUUUAACUGCUAGUCAGUCGUAUUUCAGUCAGUGUCACGUGCUGCUCUGGUCCUCUUGAAUGAAAUAUCACAAGCAUGAGUAACCACUGACCGUUCAUAAAUGACAUUCAUUAACCAUUUUAACCCAUGAAGAAAUGUAGUACAAUUCAAUUUUGGACUACGGCCAUAUGGAACGUGUCAGGAAUGAAAACUUUCCUCGCUUUAAUCCAUACUGAGUCAAUUAUGAAUCAGUUUGGUCAUCAGUAUACUGUCCAACCACCACCUACCUUUUAUACGAGUGAUAUGAAUUCAUUUGGAAAUGCUGUUCAAAGACCUGGACCCAGGCCUUAUAGUUUUGAAGUUCCACCUCAAGAUUUUCAGUCUACACCCCCUCUUCGGAGUGACAGUGGAUAUUCGCUUUGUCCAUCCCAGUAUUACAGCAGACCUGGGAUAAUGCCUUCCACAGAAGAAACUUGUGUUAAUUUUCCAGAACAACUACCAAUAACCUCUGAAAUCAAUGAAAAUAGCAACGUAGUCCUUGACUAUCAAAAUCAGUUUAGUUUUCGUGUUCCUCCCGAGAUUCCUAGCUGGAUGACCUUAAAUUCCUCAGCUAGUAACUUCUACACUGAUAUUCAAAAAUACACUUCACAACCUAAUCCAACACCCCAGUCGGUAUAUACUGGGAUUCCAGUUCAUUACAAUAGAACUCCUGAGAACUCUACGUUUCAAAAUCGUGGGCGUGUUAGAACUCCUGGUCCUUUCAAGGGAAAUAGAGGAAGUCUUCGAAAUCGCCCCAACCAAGGUACUCACACCGCUAAUACUGCCGGUACGACGACAACUACAAAAGAACCAUCCAUUUUUUACUGCGAUAUUUGCAAAGUUAGUUGUGCAGGUCCACUAGCCUUCAAAGACCAUGAAUCUGGUCAACGCCACAAAAAAAGAUUGUCCCAGGUUGAAGCGAUUGAAAAAUUAAAACAGGAAGUCUCUACCGAUGGAAGUUCAUCAUUAAUUAUUAACUCAGCUUCACGAGAAUUGCGUUGUGAGCUUUGUGAUGUUGGUUGCACCGGUGCCGACUCUUAUACUGCCCAUUUAUCUGGUAGACAGCAUCAACGUACGCUCAAGUUACACAAGGAAUUGGGGAAACCAAUUCCAGAAACUGAUGAUCCCCUUGUACCAGCUAUUGUGGCAGAUAUGAUUGCCACUGCCGCUGACGAUGCUAAACCAGUUGAAGCGGAUGAAAAUAAAACAAAUCCUACGGAAAACACGUUUAUGAAACAUAUCGAUUUAAAACAACUUGCUGGUCCUGAACUACCUGCUGUUGGACAAGAGUAUUUAGAAACUAUUAUUAAUAGCAACAACAAAACUGUUAAAUAUCGUUGCAAGUUAUGUGAUUGUGAAUUUUCAAAUCCAGAUUCUCGUGAAUGUCAUUUACGUGGUCGUCGUCAUCGUCAACAGUACAAAAAGAAAGUCGAUCCAUCGUUUAUUGUCGAUCCAAAUCCAGGAAAUCAACUUCGUCGAAAAGUGAUAGCAGCUAAAGAAAAGAAGACGAGACGUAACGAACCAAAACAAAAUACUAGCAGUUUCCCCAGUUUCAGUACCUUGCGUAAUAGCAGUAUGACAGGAAAUUGUAUGAGUGGGAUCCCAUAUGACCGUUUUCCUGCAAAAGUCCCUCGAAUAUACUCUACUCAAACUCCUAAUAAAUCUCUAGAAAGCAGGUACAUCAGUUCUAAGCAUACAUCUUUGCUACCGACAGCUUGGGAAGUUCAGGCAAUGAUGUUGGCUGUAACGAUUUGUGAGCGCUCCUUGAAAGGCGUUAGUAACGACCUUUUAAAACAGGCGCGUUCAGCAUCAGAUCUUCCUGAUACCACCAUAUGUGCUAAAUCUUGUGAUGAUGAUAAUAAUCUGGAUGAAUUGGAAGAAAAAGUUGGUGAACGUCUGCUUUGUGGUGUUGUUCGUGUUGGUGCAUUGGGAAAAAAUGUACUCUUAAGGGGUGAACAUUCAGCAGAACUAGUUUUAAUAUGUUCUAAAUGGCCUACUAAAGAGUUAACAACUUAUGUAUCAACUAGUAUUACAAAAUUAAUGGAGUCACUGGAAUCCCGUCUUCAAUAUACUGUCACAGCAGAGCCUACUAUGGGAACAAUUACGGUCGUUGUGUCCUGUCCAGAUCCAUCCUUACUGAAUAAAAGUGACACCUGUGAAGUAAAUUUAAAACCUGCUUGCAAAGAAAACGAAUCUGCGAUAUGGCCUACUAUAACACUGGUAAUCAACUUAACUUCCCCGAUAGUAGUUCAAAAAAAUGAAGCCGCUCCUGAAGAUAAAAAUGAAGUCCCACCAGUUGUCCAACGUUUGAUCGUUGAUGGUCAUCCAAUUCCCAAAGAAAAAUGCAUCAAAUCCAUAGAUGCUCUUGAUCAUGCUUCAUGGUUUCAACAUAUUGCGAGCGGAGGUCCGAUACUCUUAAUUAGUCGUAUUUUACGCGACUUUAUCCAAUCUAAUGAAUACUGGAUCGAAUUAAAUGAAUUUGAUGUUGAAGUACACUUAGAUCAUCUCUUAUCUUUAGAGUACAAUAUGGUUAUUCGUUCUGGUUUCACUUCCCUCCCAUCUCAGUGUGGGUCACCGAGAAAUAUGCUUUCUGUACCAAGUGACUUUUUCCAUCCUUGCAAAUUACUACGUAGAUUUUUCGAAUCAAUGGCAAAUGGAUAUUUGUUCUUUGCAAUAAAACAUUCAUCUAAUUCAAAUAACACUGAGGAUUCUCCUAGGGAGAACAAUAUACCUGUGGCGUGUACAAAACCAUUUUAUGUUACAAUUUCUAAUGGAAUAUCAGAUGAAGUUUGUGAAAAAAUAACUGUUUCAGCCCAACAAAUAGUCAGACAAAUUGCUUUUAAUCAAUUAUACAAGGUAAGUGUUCUUAUUCCUGCUCUAGGAUUGUUUUUCUUAUACGUAACUUCAAUGAUUAAAACGAUCAUAUCCUUUCGAAAGCAAUCACCUUAGAACACACAUUUGUUUAUAUCACUUAGGUUUUACUAUAGUAUUCCUAUGUUAUACUAUCGCUUUGUAUAUGUAGCUUUUGUGUAUACUUGUCUUAAUUCACCACUGGGAAAAUCCAAUUGUCUUCACCUUUUUUCUUAUAUGACUAGUUCUUAUGCAUUCUACACCAGCAAGUUGUCCUGCGUUUUAAAUUACUUAUCCAAUUUGUUUAGACUUUUAUCUCUAAAGAUCGAUUUCACUCCGCUCUGAAGAUAUAUUAAGCUGUCCAGUAUACUAUUGUCGUCCAACACCAGUCAUCUACCUCCCGUUAUGUUAAGGGAUAAAUAUAGAAAGUGGUAUGUUGUAUUUUGUUAACAGUGAAUUAAAAGGAGACAGUUAAUUAGCUAAGACAAAUUAACCAGGCUUUUAUUUUCGCUAAUCCAUAUGGACCUUGCAUUCCAAUUUUUUACUGUUUAUUUACAACCAAUUCUCUAGGUUCUUGGUAUGGAACCUCUGGAUUUGCCUCACAACUCAGAUUUUGUCCAGUCAGGUGGUAAACAAGAACAAAACCCCGAUGUUUCACAAGGUCAGGAUACUUCCGAAAUCGAAUGUUCAGCUGAUGAUAAGAAGCAACAAAAUAAUUCAUCUCUUAAUGUCAGUUCUGUAGCAAAUGGCAUGAAAACGCAGGAAUUCUCGGCAGAAGCACUAAACGUUGAGUCAGAAUGUACUCCGGCCAAGCGAACUCGCCGCGCUACCGCCAACUCGAAAUCUUCCAUUUAAUUAUCUGCAUUUCAAUAUUACACGUCCAUUUAUUUGGUUCCACUGUCUUGAAGUUCUUUUAUAUCAUCCACAUGUUGUUCAUUCGUUCUUAAUCAAAUAUACAAUUUCCUAGUUAUCGUG